CAAUUAGUCGACGGAAAAUGAAGCAGGGAAUUGAAUACAGAGUUCAAAUUCCAAUUACUUGCUAACGAAAAUAGGUAUCUCCUGAUCAUAAUGGACUCGAAGGAAAUUUGAGAGCUGUUAGAAUGGGAAAAAAGGGUUGUAAUAGGUACUCUUGUGUUUCAGAAUGUCAGUGCAACUGCCUUGGCCACCCCGACGCUUCGCGCCCGAAAACAUAAAUUAUGUAUACCUCACAAAGUCAGUGAAAGUUGUUAAUAUUCAUACAAAGGUGAAAAUCAUCAAAUGCAAGCUUCACCAAAACGGUUCAAUUUAAACAGGGAAAGCCAUUAUAGGCACAAACAAGGGUGUCGGACAAGACGGAAGUGACAGUUUGAACGUUGUAUCAAGCAGGUCGAAGCUUUCCAAAGGCCUUUCACCUGCCUUAUACGAAGCCGGGAUCUCGUUACAUUGUGGCGGAACCUUGAUGCAAGAGUAGGGCCUCCAGCGAUUUGGUGGACAUUCCGUUAACCUGAAAGGUAAAACAACACAGGCGCUGUGGCAAAACCUGAAAACAACCCCGGUGGCAUGAAAUGUCACUGAAGAAUGGUGACAGGCUGUCAUGACGGAGGAGUAGUCCAAGCGAACAAAAGGACUUUGUCAAAAUUGUGGAAUGCAUGCAAGUAUGGUGAUAUAAAAACAGUUGAAAAAUUAGCUGUCAAAAGGGUUGGUGCAAACGGAAAAGCUCAUGGCAUGGCCCUUAUUCAUAUAGCCGCGCGAUAUGGAAACCCAGAUACUGUCAGGUAUCUCCUCUCUUUGGGCGCUAAUGCCCAUUCAGUGGACGAAGAAGGUUGGACUGCUCUACACUGGGCAAGCGCAGGUGGGCAUGUCACUGUAAUGCAGCUUCUGUUAGUGGAUGGUAUUGACCCCGACGUGAAAACCAAUUCCGGCGCUACACCUCUGCAUUUAGCUGCCUCCAACGGCCACGAGAAGGCCGUGAACCUUCUCUUGACUUUCGGUGGCAACGGAAACGCAUUAGACGGAAAUGGAAGGACUGCAAUGUUUUUGGCAAGCCGAGGUGGUCAUGUCCCUGUCAUAGAAGUUCUUCUGAAACAUGGAAUUAAAUCUAACGUCCCACCCAAAAACGGUCCUACACCAGUACACACUGCUGCACGAAACGGUCAUUUCAAGGCUGUUGAUUUUCUCAUUUCCUGUGGAGCAGAUAUUGAUGUCGUGGAUAAGGAUGGGUGGAACGCACUACACUCUGCCUGCCAAAACGGUCACGUUGAGGUGGUAGAGACGCUGCUAAAAAGUGGUAUGGAGGCUGACACUAGAAUCCAUGGAGGCUGCACUCCUUUGAUGAUUGCAAGCUGUCAUGGGCAUCCAGAUGUAGUUGAUUUUCUUAUUUCUAAAGGAGCUGAUCCAAACUCCUCUGACAAAUGUGGAUGGACUGCUUUGCAUUUUGCCAGCCUGGGUGGCCACAUAUCUGUUAUUCGAGCGCUGCUCAAAGCAGGAGUUGAUGUCAACAUUCGCACAGUUCAGGGAACUAUUCCAAUUCAUAUUGCAGCACGUUAUGGCCAGCCCGAAGUAGUAAAGUAUCUCAUGCGUAAGGGGGCUGACCUAACAGUUUCUGACAAAGACAACUGGACUAUACUUCAUUACGCCACUCAAGGUGGUCGCCUUCCCUUCCAUGUCAUGGAAUCAGUUUUAAGUCAAGAUCUUGAUGUAAAUGCCAAAUCAGUCUUAGGAAUUACUCCGUUACACAUUGCAGCUAGGCAUGGUCAUCUAGAGUACGUAGAUUUUCUUUCAAUUCAAAAUUCAGACCUAUUAGCUCGAGACAAUCAGGGAUGGACUGCUUUGCAUCAUGCCUGCAAGGGUGGUGAGCUUUCAGUUGUCGAGAAAUUGUUUAACAAAGGAAUUGACCCAAAUGUCAGAACGAAUUCUGGGUUGAUGCCGAUUGGGAUUGCAGCAUUGCGAGGAAAUCAUGAUUGUAUCAAGUAUUUACUCUCAAAGGGGGCUGAUCUAAAUGUUGUGGAUAACGAAGGAAUGACUGUCCUUCACUUUGCCAGUCAAGGAGGGCAAACGGAUUUGAUCGAAACUUUAUUGAGCUACGGAUUGGAGCCAGAUGUUGUGGCUGAGAAGGGCCUUGUGCCUAUUCAUUCCGCAGCAUUCAACGGCCACGCUGGUGCCUUAAACCUGCUCGUUUCUAAAGGAGCAAAUCUUAAGGCUAUUGACGAUCAAGGUUGGAGCGCGUUACACUUUGCUUGUCAAAAUGGGCAUACUAUCGCGAUAGAAACAAUACUUGAGCUUGGCUUGAAUCCCAAUGAAAAAACAACAGAUGGGAGAACACCUCUUAGUAUUGCCACGAUCCACGAUCAUCCAGAAGCAGUGAGGUUACUCCUAUCCAAAGGAGCUGACGAGCACAUCGCUGACAACAACGGCUGGAAUGCAUUGCACAUCGCGAGUUAUCAUGGUCACGUGACUAUUCUUGAACUACUAUUGGAACUUGGUGUGGAGGUGGACUGUCAGACGAGUGAAAAUCUAACCCCCCUCCUUCUUGCUGCCAAAAACGGACAAACUGAAGUGAUAGCUCCAUUAUUGUCGCAUGCGGCUAAUGUAGAAGCUUCUGAUAACGAAGAAAGGAAGGCACUACAUUUAGCAAGCCUCGAGGGUCACGUAAAGAUCGUGGAAAUCCUAAUAGAAACUGGACUGGAUCCGAACCAGAAAACACAACAGGGCGUCACCGCUAUGCAUUGUGCUGGGUUAAAAGGGCAUAAUGACGUCAUUGACAGCUUAUUAGAACGGGGUGGUAACAUUUAUGAAGUUGACAGUGAAGGAUGGAAUACCCUUCACUACGCUUGUCGUGGAGGCCACAAAAAAGUUAUCGAACGAAUGAAAAAGCUUGGCAUGCAGUUAAACUGCCAAGCGGGAGACGGUUCAGUUCCCCUACAUAUCGCCUCCCGCUACAGUCACCCGGAGUUAGUGAGUUUCCUACUGACGCAUGGAGCUGACACACAUGCUGUGGACAAGAAUGGAUGGAAUGCCCUGCAUCAUUCUGCUACUAAGGACGGGACAGUAGCAGUCGCUGAUGCUCUCCUCAAACAAGGAGUAGAGAUGAUUGUGAAGCGCACUCAUGAUGGAGACACAGCUCUUGGGAUUGCUGAAAAAGAAGGCAACAAAGACGUGCAACAGUUCCUUGACAGCUUCGUGUCUAACCACUUGGGUAUUUCAAGUGACGAGGAUAGAAAACAUGCAAACUACUGCAUCAUUCUGUGAAAGGGGAGAUUCCCUCGCGUAUACAUGUGAAAUCUACUGCAGGGCUACCAAUGAUAAAAACCAGUUGGACAUAAUGGAAUAGAUGUGACUGAAACAGCCAACUAACUGUACUUCAGUUCCGACUGCCAGUUCACUGGCAUGGCAAACUAUUGUGUACAGAAACGAUUUUAUUAAGGUUUGUAGGGGAAAACUGAUUUAGUAUUUUUUUUUGUGUGAACACUGCUGAAUGUUUUUUUUUCGGAUUUCACUUCGCACAAUUUUUAAGUCAGGGAUUUCAAAUCAUGCACGAUGAAAGUACGUUGCUGAAAAAUGGCGGACUUUACCAUAAUUGAAAACCCAAGAGCUCAAUAUCUAAUAAAAUCGUAAUGACCUCACUCUUGCUAGGGCUGGUCACAAUGCAGUUAAAGAUGCACUGAGGGCUACAUUGGUAGUCAACUUAGAAAACAGUGAAAUGUUUUCAAAUUACGAAUAACCUCAAAUUCUACCCUUUUUUAUUUAGGCACCAUAGAUCAUGAAUUUACCUGUCAUGGCAAAACUUUGAUUAUCUUGCUGUGAUCUUUUAAUUACUUGGAAUAUUUCCUAAAACUUUGUAAAAGAAAUUGGAAAAUUUAAUCGUGUUUGCAAAGUAACGUAGGUGAAAAUGAAAGUAGUGUUUUUUUUUAUUAGAUUUGUAAAAUGUCGUUCUCUAUAUAACCAAGAGGGGAGGAGGGUAUGAGAUUAUUCUCGUUAGGUGAAGAACUCAGAAGCUCGGAAAAGGUCGUACAUAAUUCAAUAAGAGUCCUAGGCUCCACAAAAUAAGCCACUCCUUGGUCAUUUAUGUAAAUAUUCUCAUUGAUUGAGACUUGGAAAACUGUUUGUCGGUGUUGUUCCGUAGCGAAGACGAACUUCAAAGAAGAACAAAAGCUAGAAUUCAAACCCAGUACCAGUCUCACAAUGAGUGCAAUCUAUCAAUGAUCUGCUUUUUUGAUCAAGAUACCGUGAUGUACAUGCAGGGAUGGUACAUGCACAUGAAAAAUACUCAAUAGCUGUCGUUAGUGAUCUCCUAAUAUCUGUAAUCAACUGCACCAAAAUCCUCAGGUCUCUUUUGUUUUUCUGAUAGAUGUAAGAAAGUGUGGUCUGAUCAAGAGAACUAAUUGAGGGUACUUUAAUUUAAAAUAGGAGUGCCAGCCUAAUAGUCUUAUGUAUGUGAUGUAUAACGUACUUGUCAGGAACAAUUGGAGAAUAAAACCAAGAGGCUUAAACACCUUA